GAUUUAGCUUCUUUUCAUCCUUUGAUCGUUUGACACAUGCAUUGAGCGAUCCGUUUCAGAUAACGAGGCACUACACACGUGAAAGUUACUAUUCGAAGCUAUACAAGAUUGGAUAUUGUCUCUAAAUCGUCUGGAUAUUUCAUUCAAACAGCUUCUUUCUGCAAAUCAACCGAAUUCAAAAAUCAAAAUGUUUUUCUCACCCUUUAUCACUGGCCUCCUCCCAAUUCUAGCCGCUACUUCCACACAAAUCGAUACCCCUCAGCAUCCCAGCAUAUUCAUCCUCAGCGAUCAUGCAUCCAGUACCUCAGCAUUAGGAAAUGCCCUCCAAACUCUAGGAUACACACAUAUCUCCGCCGAAACAUUGAAUAGUUCGUUACCACAACUCAGCACCCAUACAUUUACCGAAAUUUCGAAGGAUGGCGCGUCAAACGAGCUUAUGAUCCAAUACCCAAACACUAAAUUCAUCGUACCUGUCUCAUCGUCGCGGAAACAUGGAGAUGGAGAAAGUGAUGUGGAGAGAAGACCCUGCGCUAAUAGCUGGCUCAAUCAUCUGGCUACGUGGAGUAAAUUAUCGCAAUAUACCUCCAACAUCAACACAGCCGAGGACAUCAAAAUUGCUCAACCAGAGAAAUCAGAUUCCGUCACAAGCUCCCUCAAAAAGGAAGGAAGAUUGUUAGAAAUCGCUCUCGAUGAGCAAGAGAACUAUAGAGGCGAGAAAUGGUUGCGAUUGUGCAAGUUUUUGGAUUUGGGAUAUAGUGUGGUGGAAAGAUUAAAUUUGAAAGAAUUCCCUUCGUCGAUGGGACAGGAGAAGAAAGCUGCAGGCUGGGGUAGAAAUUUUGGAAUGUGGAGAUUGGUCGUGCAGGGAAGUGGUGUUUGAAAGAUUGAGAGAUGGUGGAAAAAAUCCGAUACAAGAAAUCAUGGAGCUGGAUACAGGAAAAUUCGAGCCUAGGAUAUAAAAAUGGCGGAUCGAUCUACAAGUCUCCCAAUGCAUGCCCACACUCACGAUAGUUGCGGCAAGGAGUAAAGAACGUCACGUGGUAUCAGACAUCCGACACGUGAGAAGUACUCACUCCCGAGACUGUGUUUCUUUUACAGAGACAACAUGCUGAAAGAGUUGAUGCCGCGUUAUCUCUUUUCCAGGAGGCGAAUGGAGAUGUUGAUCGUGUGAUCUUUCGAGACGCGAUAUAUCUGAAAUACUAUCAGUGAAUAGACCAUCAGCGAAUCGUGUCACAAUACUAGAUUAGAUUAAACAGCCAAAUCGAGAUACUUUACUAGCGAUUCA